GAAUCCAACUGAAGAAUUGAUUUGUGCUUUGAAACAACUGCUAAUGAGGAGUAUCGACUCGCCCCGAUCCAGCCCGGUUGCAAAACCCGACUGAAUUCUUCAUUCAAUUUCUGCAAAGAUGAUGCAUAUGACGUUUUACUGGGGGAUAAGAGCAACAAUCCUCUUCGAUUCAUGGAAAACCGAUUCAUGGCUGAAUUACUCCCUCUCUCUCCUCGCCUGCUUUCUCUUCUCCGCCUUCUACCAGUACAUGGAGGAUCGCCGCUUCCGAAUCAGGCUCCUCUCCAAGAACACCCCGUCUUCCGGCGGCGGCGCCGCCCCCCUCGAAACCCCUUUGCUCUUCUCCAAACUGGGUGGCUCCAAUUGGCCGCCGUCGCGAUUUGCUGAUGCGAUCUUGUUCGGGAUAAACUCGGCGAUCGGGUACUUCUUGAUGCUGGCCGUCAUGUCUUUCAACGCCGGCGUGUUUCUGGCGGUGGUGGUGGGUUUGGCCGUUGGGUACUUGAUUUUCAGAGCCGGCGAUGAAGAUCGUGUCCUGGUCGUCGAUAAUCCUUGCGCCUGUGCUUGAUCCGAUCUCUCUCUGAUCCCUCUCUCUCUCUCUCUCUCUCUCUCUCUCUCUCUCUCUCUCUCUCUCUUUGUUGUAAAAUUGUGGUACUUUAUUAUUACAUGAAUACAGAGGAUCUGUAUUUCAAUUUCCCAAUUUGCUUCUUAGUACUGUUUAUGAUUAUCUUUUUAAUUUUCUUACAUCAAAAUAAAAUAUUUUGCCCAGAAUAUUGUUGUAACAAUAUAUAAAAACUCAUUGGUCAAUAUUUAAAUAUUAAUAUCCUGCAUCUUUGUGGUGUACCUUGAGCAAUUUAGAAGCAGGUGUACUCUGUUUCUUGAUUGGUGAAAAAAAUAUUCAUUGAU